UCCGCCACCGCCAUCGCCGUCUCCUCCGCCGUGUCUUCCACACCAUGGGGAACGCUGCCACCGCCAAGAAGGGCAACGAGCUCGAGAGCGUCAAAGAGUUUCUAGCCAAAGCCAAAGAAGAUUUCUUGCGGAAAUGGGAAUGCCCACCACAGAGCACAACGUGCCUCGACGACUUUGAGAGAUUAAAGACCCUGGGUACCGGCUCAUUUGGAAGAGUCAUGCUGGUGAAACACAAAGGAACAGAGCAGUACUUUGCCAUGAAAGUACUGGACAAGCAGAAGGUGGUGAAACUCAAGCAAAUAGAACACACACUAAACGAGAAGAGGAUAUUACAGGCUGUGAGCUUCCCCUUUCUCGUCAAACUUGAGUAUGCGUUUAAGGACACCUCCAAUUUGUACAUGGUGAUGGAAUAUGUUCCAGGAGGAGAGAUGUUCUCACAUCUAAGACGAAUUGGAAGGUUCAGUGAACCACAUGCACGGUUUUAUGCCGCCCAGAUAGUGCUGACCUUUGAGUACCUCCAUUCACUAGAUCUCAUAUACAGAGAUCUGAAACCCGAGAACCUGCUCAUUGACCACCACGGCUAUAUUCAGGUGACAGACUUUGGAUUUGCCAAGCGGGUAAAAGGCAGAACCUGGACGUUGUGUGGGACACCGGAGUACCUGGCGCCAGAAAUCAUUCUCAGCAAAGGCUAUAACAAAGCUGUGGACUGGUGGGCCCUUGGAGUCCUCAUCUAUGAAAUGGCAGCUGGUUACCCUCCAUUCUUUGCAGAUCAGCCAAUCCAGAUCUAUGAGAAGAUCGUGUCUGGGAAAGUACGAUUCCCGUCCCACUUCAGCUCCGACUUGAAGGACCUGUUGAGAAACCUGCUGCAGGUGGAUCUGACCAAACGUUACGGCAACCUGAAGAACGGAGUCAACGACAUCAAAGGCCACAAAUGGUUUGCCACAACAGACUGGAUCGCGAUCUACGAGAGAAAGGUGGAAGCCCCGUUCAUACCAAAGUGCAGAGGCCCAGGGGACACCAGCAACUUCGACGACUACGAGGAGGAGGAAAUCCGUGUUUCUGUAACGGAAAAAUGCGGAAAGGAGUUUGCAGAGUUUUAGGAUGCGAGAACAUGGAUAUAUCAGGGAAUUAAAGGGGAUCUUUGCACUCGUCUAAAGACUUGGGAUGGGGCAGAGACCAUCGUUUUUCAGAUCUACUACAUAGUCCCUUCAUUCCAUAAGGCUGAAUGAGGUCGCCAUGAUCCUUGGGUGCCGAUAACCUCUCACUGUCACGUACACCUGCGUAUUAAAGCAGACACACCACUUUUUUCUUUUUUUCCUUUUUUUUGUACCUACCCACCGUUUUUCUUUUUUUGGUUUUUUUUUUUACUUUGAAGCAGUUAGUCUUGGAUGUUGUUAUCCCCUUUUAAGAUGUGAUAUUUUUUCAAUUAAUGAGGAAAAACUGAGACUAUGGCCAAUAAGAGUCCACACAUUGUAACUGACUUGUCUAUGGCGGUUUGACACACACACUUGCGUGGGUUGCUACUCCCUCUAGGCGUCAGCGGUGUUUAUGUAAUGCUCUGUUACAAGUCCGCAUCACAUUGGCUGUUGUAAAAUCAUGGCCAGCUUUCAGAGGUAGCAUUCGUCCUGUGUGCAUAUCUGUCAGUUUUUUAAGACAUUUGAACACAUUGAGUUUUUGAAAGCAUGACCAAAUAGAAAUCAUUGGGUGACACAAGAAGAGAGGUCCUUUCCUUUCUUUGCUUUUUGCCUAGAGAGCCAAGUCCUCAGACCCCCCCCCCCCCCCACUAAAGCAUCCAUUCACUGUCUUCUUGGUAUUCUGACCCAGGCACAGCAAGCCAUCGCAGAAAAUGACAAACCUUGUUACUUGUAAAAUGCAAAUCAAGUUGUCGAUUCUUUUGGAUCUGUUACAUGUAAAGUUUGUCAUUUGGUAUCUAACUAUUCUUUUGUCGCUGUGUCUAACAUUAUAGUCAUAUUGUCCCUAGAUUUCAGGUCGGCUUAUAAAGACCCUUUGUUAUGAGUCUGUGGAACAGUGUGACUUCAGUAAAUGCAAAAGAGUGAAGUGAAAUCCUUUUGAGGAUUUUUGUUGAGUGUAAUGUUAAGUUGAGAAGGUUGGCUUGGGAGCCGCAACAUUGUCAGUUAAACCUUUAAUAAAGUUACAUGAUUUGUAAUGUAUUAAAUCAAAGAUGUUUUAAAAUCCUAAGAAACAGGAACGCAAAUCUGCAUAUUUACCAUAUGCUCCCUGUAAUCACCCCCAAACAGAUUUCCUUGUUUCAUUCUUAUCAAAGAAUGUAGAUUUGCAACUUAUAGGUAUGCAUAUUUGAAGGCUUGAUUUUCAAGGUACAGUUUUCCUCACAAUACACUGGCUAAAAUAAAGACUGCUCCUUUGUAUCACAUGUAACCUUGUUAUUGUUAAACUCAUUACAUCAUACGUAUAUACAUUGUUUCAUAUAUGUUUUUAUUUAUACACAUUAGAGAUGCUAAUAAAUUUUAUUUUUAAAAGUG